AUGUCUCCCAAACAGAGGAAGAAGCCCUCCCGCAGAAAGCAAACCUCCGAUUCCUCCUCCUCCGUGACGUCCCCCGUUUUAGCUACAACCAAUUACCGCGAAAUCCACCAGACAGAGGUCGAGGCCCUGCGCUCGAUCUAUGGCGAUGACUUUGAAGAAGUUGAGAACAGGCGGUCGGCCUGGCAGCAAACUUCCGAUGUGACAUUUAAGCUUCACUUACGAUCUUCCUCGAACCCUGAUGUUCUCCUUGUGUUAUUAGUCGAACUGCCCGCCACAUAUCCCAAAACAGUCCCCAAUCUCUCGCCGGGAAACCUCGAUGGCUUCCGCGAUGGAGCGCGUUCCAGAAUCCAAGAUAUACUCCGCAAAAAACCAAAAACUCUGCUCGGGAGUGAAAUGAUCUAUGAACUCGCGGUAUCGAUUCAAGAUGUUUUGGAGGAUGUUGCCCAGGCACGCCUGCAGGACAAGGAUCUUCCCAGUCUCGAAGAGGAGCGAAUGGAGCAAGAGGCGGCCGCCCUUCAACGCGCAGACCUAGAAAAGCAAGAGGAGCUUCGCAAACAACAAGCUGCAGCUGCAGAGGAAGAGCGCGCCUUACAAGAAAUGCUCCAAGACAAAAUGCGACAACGAACCAAGGCCCGGAUCAUGCGAAGGAAAAGUCGCACUGGCGCCGACAGUGAUGUCGAUGACCUUGUGGAGAACACACCUGGGGCAAUUUCCUUUGACCCUCCACUGCUCGUCAACGAUACCGACGAGCAACCGCUGAUCUUCCGCGCCGUCCAUGGAAAAACCAUGCUGCAAUGCCAGCAGGGUAAGAAGACGUUCACAGUCAGGCCUGUGGUCUCCGAAAGCCGAUGCCACGUUCCACAACUUAUUUUGAAGGAGAUUCUCCUCGACGAGAAGGGAUCUGAGGGUUUAACAUUCCGAGAGCAGAUGCGGACCAGUGAGGAUAAGUUGGAGGGCCUCAAGCGAUUAAGACACCCGAACCUGGUUGAAUUUGUAGGGUUCAAAAUUAAUCGCCCACUUGGCCAUUUUGACUCACCCGAUAAUUCCUGGACCGUCUUCAUGCUUUUGGAGUAUGCAAACAAAGGAUCUCUCGCCGAGCUCCUUGACAUUGUGGGGACCGUGGCUGUCGACAUGCUCCGUGGCUGGAUGAUUCAGCUACUCGAGGCUUUGGAGUUUUACCACCGCAAUGGAUUUGUCCAUGGAAGCAUCCAAUGUAGUCGAGUAUUGCUCUUCCGAACCCCUUCGGGUGGAACCAUUGUGAAACUGCAAUCUAGUGUCGAGGAUGCUUUGCCUGAACCGCCUGGUGGGAAGCCAUCUUUGACCGCAUCCAAGUCGCCGCUUUGGCUUCCUCCAGAGCUGACGCAGGACAAUUCAACACCCACCAUGAAGACUGACGUUUGGGAUCUUGGAAUUGUGCUGCUCCAGAUGGGGUUCGGGAAAGAUGUCCUCCUGAGGUACACCUCCGCUAACCAGUUGAUGGUGUCAAUGGGACUCUCCCCGCCACUGCAAGAUUUGCUCCGUGAAUUCUUCCGCCCAGACCCUAGAAAGCGUCCAACUGCCUUCCAACUGCAACCGUCUGAGUUCUUCCGAGUGGAUGCCCCUUUGAAAAUGCGGGAUAGAGGGUCAAACUCUGUGUCCCUCCAGAGAAGGCCCCGGCUCGACUCUUUUGGGGCUACACCGGUCUUCUCACGGUACCACCAAGACUUUGAUGAGGCAGGUCAGCUAGGCCGUGGCGGUUAUGGGCAGGUAGUGAAAGCACGGAACAAGCUCGAUGGUCGGUUAUAUGCUGUGAAGAAGAUAUCUCAAACUUCUGCUGCGGCUUUGAAAGAUACUCUUUCUGAAACCAUGUUACUAUCGCGACUGAACCAUCCAUAUGUUGUCCGGUACUACACUGCCUGGCUAGAAGAAGAUUUCAAUCACAUUGAGGAAGAGGCUAUGUCCUCCACUGAAGGUGACCCAUUUGCUAGUCAGGACCACCGCGGAUUUAGCACAGGAGGCCUCGAUUUCAUCAGCUCCAGUGGAUAUCCGAAGAUCGAGUUUGCCCAUUCGGACAGUGAUGAUGACAACGAAGGAACGUUAUCCGAUCAUGCUCAUGCUGAGACAUCUCAGAUUUACCGGGCCAAUCACACUGAAACUGACAGUGAAGAUGAAGCCGCCGAGCUCAGCCAUGCGAGAUCUGGAUCUUAUGGCCGACCUGUUUUGACUACGCUCUACAUCCAAAUGGAGUACUGCGAGAAACAUACCUUGCGAGAUUUGAUCAGGAAUGGAUUAUACGAUGACGUUGAUCGUUCGUGGCGUCUUUUCCGGCAAAUUCUCGAUGGCCUCAGCCACAUCCAUAGCCACGGCAUCAUACAUCGUGAUCUGAAGCCGGAUAACAUUUUCAUUGAUGUUGCUAAUAAUCCUCGCAUUGGUGAUUUUGGACUCGCUACAAGCGGUCAAUUCACUACUGGUGUUCGUUCAUCUGCAGCGGCGGACUUCGAAGGGGAUUUCACUCGCAGUCUUGGAACGACCUACUAUGUUGCACCAGAGAUGAAAUCGGUUGUAUCGGGACAUUACAACGAGAAAGUCGAUAUGUUCUCGCUUGGUGUUAUCUUCUUUGAGAUGUGUCACCCAUUGCCUACCGGUAUGGAACGUGACCAGACUCUCAGAGAGAUCAGAGAAAAAAACCACACCCUUCCGCCCACUUUCCAGCAGUCUGAUAAGGUGGUUCAAGGCCAAAUUGUUGAAUCUCUGUUAAGCCAUACCCCGAGUGAACGUCCCACAGCCGCGGAGCUUCUCUCAAGUGGAAGAAUUCCACUUCAGGUUGAGGAAGAGACAUUCAGACGGGCCAUUGUGCAUCUACUUUCAGAUCCCAAUUCUCCCGAUUACAAGAAGAUUUUAUCGGCAAUUUUCUCCCAGUCACCCAAGAAAUUCGAGGAUAUCGCCUGGGACAUAGACUCGCAUGGGGCACCUGCAGCCAAUGAAUUGCUUGUCCAGGGUCUGGUCAAGAAGAAAUUGACCUCGAUCUUCCGGAGACAUGGCGCCGUGGAGUCCCAACGGCAAAUGAUUUUCCCUCGAUCCCAGCAUUACAGUACUGCCCCUGUUGCACGCCUGCUGGAUGCAUCUGGCAAUCUCUUACAGCUGCCAUUCGACCUCACAGUUCCGAAUGCACGAGCGAUCCCUAGACAAGAUCUCUCACUGGAGAAGACGUUUGCAUUUGGCACGGUCUACCGGGAGUCUACUCAUGGCAGCGAACCACGGAAGCACGGUGAGGUGGACUUUGACAUUGUUUCCCACAAUACCUUGGAUUUGGCCCUGAAAGAGGCGGAAGUUAUCAAGGUUCUGGACGAGAUCAUUGAAGAAUUUCCGCCUUUGCGUUCUUCUCCGAUGUGCUUCCUUAUCAACCACUCUGAUUUGCUCCAACUUAUCAUGGAAUUCUGUCGUGUCACACCUUCCCAAAUUCCACUGGCCAAGGAGACUAUCAGCAAACUGAAUGUUGGCAAAUGGACAAUGCAAAAGCUUCGAAGUGAGCUUCGGUCUCCGGCCAUUGGUGUUGCUUCGACGUCGCUGGAUGACCUUGCUCGAUUUGACUUCAGAGGAUCUUUGAACGAGACACAACGUAGGCUGCAAAGCAUUAUGGAAGGAACUGAAUACGUCGAACGGAUCGCACCGAUAUUCGCUCGCUUGAACGUGCUGAUGACCUACCUGCAAAGCUUCGGUAUUAAGCGCAAGGUCUACAUCAAUCCUCUCAGCAGUCUUCAUGAUAAGUUUUAUGGUGGUAGCAUCCUGUUCCAAUGCGUCUUCGACAGCAAACGACGAGAUGUGUUCGCCGCAGGAGGAAGAUAUGAUGGCUUGAUCCAGGAAUUCUCGCCCAAGGUCCUGUCUAGUCGUCCCCAAGCGCAUGCGGUUGGAUUCAACCUCAGUUCGGAUCGCCUUAGCUCUUCGAUGAUUGAUUACCUGAAAGCCAAGGCUCCACCAAAAGAGACUGAAUCUGGCGCUGAGCUGUACUGGGGAGACCGUCGGUGUGAUGUACUCGUCGCCAGCUUCGAUGCAGAUGUCCUCCGCUCGACCGGAGUAAAGCUCAUUGAAGAACUCUGGUCAAACGACAUUAGCGCGGAGCUCGCAGUUGAUGCCUCGUCCCUCGAGGAACUGAUGGCCAAACACAAAGACUCCAAUCACCGAUGGAUUGUAAUUGCCAAGCAGGACAGCAAGGACCGUGGAUUCAAAGUUCGAAACCUCAUGCGCAAAGAGGAAUUCGAUAUCCGCACCACCGAGCUUGUACCAUGGCUUCGAUCAGAAGUGCAAGCGCGCCACCAACGCGAGGGCACUGCUGACUUACGCCAGCCCCGUCAAUCAAGCACGCAAGAAGCCCUCGCCUCUCAAGAACGGGCAAAUGAUGUACGCAUCCUUACGCCACAACAUCGAAGCAAGAAGACAAACAGAAGGAACAUCGUCGAGCUAGCCCUACAACGCUCACGCGACAUCGCCGAAAACGCCCGCAACGGCCCAAUAGCUGCAAUCGACACCCGCGACGACGUCCUAGACGCCAUCCGAAACACGCGUCUCUCCGACGCCGAGAGCUGGCGCAGCGUAAUCCAAAACGCGCCACUGACCGAACGCAAAUAUCUCAGUCAAGUGUACGAACUACUAACUGACCUGGCACUUGAGAACCGCACAAACGACAGCACGGAAAGGUUCACGAACGCUUUCAUUUUCAAUUACCGCACCGGCUCCUGCGUGUACUACGAUCUCGGCCCGAGCGAGAAAUGA